AUGAUUCUCUUUUCAAGUACAUCUGUUAUUUUAUCACUCACAUUUCUUUUGAUUGUUCUCUGUCAUCCUCGUCAAUGUUAUUCGGUAUCAAAUAUGCUAGUUUGUAAUUCAUGUUUAUGUGAACUAUUGUUCAGUUUAUCAAUGCUGAGUAUGGCCCUUUUUACUUAUAUGAAUGAUCAACGAGAACAACAGAUAGCAGAUCAUAUGUGUAUAUUUCGUGGUUAUUUGGGCUAUGUCACAGAUGCACUACAAAACUAUAGCUAUGCUCUACAAGCUAUUUAUCGUUAUACAUAUGUUGUUCAUCAUCAAAAACGACUCUAUCAAACUUAUCGUUUACAAUUCCUCUUCAUAUUGAUUGUAUGGAUAUUUUGUUUUCUGAGUGCAUUAGUUCUGAUGUUGAGCGAACAGAUAAAAUAUAAUUUAGAUAAUCAAAUAUGCCAAUUACCAUUGAGAAAAACAUUAUUUAAGCUCUAUAUUGGUUCGUGUGUUUAUUGUUUGCCACUGAUAAUAAUUCAAUUUGUCUAUUAUAAACUUAUUCGUUAUCUAAGAAAUAUCAGUAAUAAUAGUGGUAGUACAACGGCUAUAGGUAUAAUUCAAGCACAACGUGAAAUGCAAGUGUUAAAACGCAUUAUUGUGUUAGUUUCAAUACUAAUUACAAACGGCUUUCCCUAUUUGGUGUUUUGGUUCAUUGCUUUUGGCACAGAUCCACCGCUGUAUCAUUUUCGUAUUAGCUUUUUGUUCGUCGAUGUUUCGUUGGUACCGGUAAUGAUCGCAAUGUUUAAGUUCAACAAUAAUGUUAAAGACAUAUUGCUGAAGUCAAUUGCAAAUUUAAUGAGUCGAACAACAAAAUCAGGACCUAUAGCAAGCGACCAGCGAACACAACAAAAAACGUUUUAG